AUGUCAACGGACCGUUUGCGUCAUGGGCCAGCUUUUCACAAGCCAAUUGCCAAGAGUAUAACUCCAUUGCAAUUCAAAUUGAUAGAUACCGAAACCAUAGCGACAGCUUUCCCAAUAUAUGAUCCUAAAGAUGUGCCAGACUCGCUAAUCGACUUUAUGUGGAGUGAGUUCAACCUCGAGAUUGAAAAUGGCCAAACGUAUCCACAGCUCGAGCCACUCACGAGACAGCAGUUUGUCGAUUAUUGGUUCGCCUCAUUUUGCGUGAUCGUCCUGGAAACUGAUAAGAAAGUUAUAGAAGACAACCAAGACUGGCACUCACUUCUAUUGGGAACUUUUUACAUCAAGCCAAACUACAUGGCACGUUGCUCUCACAACUGUAAUGCAGGAUUUUUGGUCAAUCACUACAAGAGAGGAAAAAAGAUAGGCUUUAGAUUGGGCCAAGUUUAUCUCCAAUGGGCGCCUCUAUUAGGUUACAAAUACUCGGUGUUCAAUUUGGUCUUUGUUACCAACGCAGCUAGUUGGAAGAUCUGGGAUAAACUCAAGUUCGAUAGAAUUGGGUUGGUGCCACGCUCGGCAAUCUUAAAAGGCCAUGAUCAACCCGUUGAUGCCAUUAUCUUCGGCAGGGAUUUGACCCGGGUAGAUCCGGAGUUGAUUGCAAUGGACUGA